ACUGCCCACGACUUUCUGUACCUCCUCCAUUUCGUCCGUGGAUACGGGAACCCCGGGGAACGAUUAGGCCCGCAAGAUGGCUUCUCUAUCCCAUGCUAGCAGAGUGGUUCGCAAGGACAAGACAAAGGGUUAGCUGUGUGUGUGCAAGGUGUUCGAGUGAACGGAGAAGGAGAUCAGUCUACGUCUGGUGCCUCCCUCCUCAAGGCUGCCUAGUGUCUACGUUCCGAACGACCACUUCGUUUUCGCGGAGCCGAUCACACCAGCCUCACAGCUUGUCCGUUUUCCUCUACGUCGAUGGAAAUGCAGUCUCACUCCUGAUGCGUGGGAAAACGGCCCAGACGGCGAGUUCCGCAGUGGCUUUGCCAACUGGCCAGCAAUCUAUCCUUUUGGGGUUGCUGAUCCCUAUUCACGAACGUUUAGUAGUCCUCCAAUUCCGAAAUGGUCAGUAUUGGAAGUAUAAUCAUAGUUCGGGCCGACAGACAGGCGUUGCCCCUAGCGGACGGGCAGAAGUUGCUACGCUUCUUCCUCUAUAUAUUCGGCUUCUACGGUCAAGAAAUCCUAGAGGCAACUGGGAAUGACGAUCCCGUUUACCUCGAUUCCCCCCGGCAACAGUGGACCGGAUUGGUGACAUCUGAAAAGUUCCAGCGAAUCGUACCAAAACUUCCUCAACCCAACUCGGGUGGCGGCUUCAGCAGGCCGGAUUAUUCCCUCCUUGAUAACCACGUCAGACCAACCCUUAAAGACGACCACGAUGGUUGA